CCGCAAUGAAAAAAAGGGGGCGGGUGAGAAGAGUCUUUAGGCACUUGAUAAUUCCUGUGCAACAACGUUUGGAGCGUUUGUAAUCACACCUUCAUUAGGAAAUGUUGCCUGCUUUUUUUUUCGUUAGGAUAUCUCGGUAGUUUGCAAGGUGAUGCAGCUUACAAUGCAUCAACCGGAUAGGUACGGGUGCGGGUGCGGGUGCCUAGGAACAGUCGGUGGCGUUGUGCCCCUUGUCGGCUUCCUACCUUUCUUUCAUUCAAACAUAGCUGAGUGCUUUCAUUACCUAAGUGGUAUUAGUCUCUCGCGUCUAAUGCUUGCUACGAUGCUAGUAGUGCUGACAUCCGUACGUAGUAGCGCGGCGGUUAUAACUUAUAAAUAGCAACACUAAGAUGCCAAUCCUUGGUCUAUACAUCCACUUAGUAA